AUGGCCCUCCCUCCCAAGUUCGCCGGGCACAAGCUCCAAUUCGCGGCCCCUCCUUCGGCCCCCUCUGCCGUAGCUCACACGACUCACACGCUCGAGUUCUACCUCGACUACUGCUGCCCCUUCUCCGCCAAGAUCUUCCGCACCCUUCGGUCCGCCGUCAUCCCGGCCAUCGAGGCCAACCCGGCCUGGGCGUCGAGCCUGGUCUUUAUCUUCCGCCAGCAGAUCCAGCCUUGGCACCCGUCCUCGACGCUCAUGCACGAGGCCGGUCUCGCCGUGCAGCGCCUGGCCCCCGAGCGCUUCUGGGACUUCAGCGCCGCCCUGUUCGACGAGCAGACCUCCUUCUUCGACGUCAACGUGGUCAACGAGACGCGCAAUGCCACCUACCGCCGUCUCGCCAAGGUGGCUGCCAAGGUGGGCGUGGACGAGGAGCAGGUGUACAAGCUGCUCGAGAUCCCCUCGCAGCCGGGCGAGGACGGAGCGCUGAAUGCGGGCAACCAGGUCACAAACGACCUCAAGGUCAUCACCAAGAUGAACCGUCUGAUUGGCGUGCACGUCACACCGACUGCCGUGUAUGACGGCGUGGUGCAGGACGUCAGCUCGGGAUGGACCAAGGAGCAGUGGGUUGAGUGGCUGGAGAAGAAUGUUCCCAUCUCUCUCACCCGUUCCCUCCGCCGAUCACUGCAGAAAUCUCUACAACAAUCUCAACGGCGGUGCUACGCCAAGCCUGCCACCCCAGCUCAAAAGACCAGCCGGAUAGAGGAUGAGCUUAAACGCCAGGCCAGAGCAGCUUCAAAGAGUAACAAGGAAUUUGAGCUUCCGGAGAAGCUCAUCAUCUACCAUGCCGGCACAGGACGCACAACAUUUUUGGCCAUGGUCAAGAUCACGACCCUAUUUCUCGGAGCAUUCUUUUGUUUCAUAGUUGCACCGAGCUACAUCAAAGCAGACAAGCCCGAGUGGGAGACUGCGAGUGUCGUGCUCUGCGGCAUCAUCCCCAUCUUCUUUGUUGCCUAUACAACAUCCCCAUUUGUCACUCAUAUCCAUAUCCAUCUCCCCCCAUACGCCCGUGCCUCGCGCACCAUCCUUGAGCGCUUCGUCCGCGCCCUCCCACCCUCGACGCCUCUCACCCUCACCACCAUGAGCGCCAUCUCCAAGCCCCGCUACAGCAGCAUCCAGGCAGGCGAUCUAUCCCCCGUGCGCCGCCGCUUCGGCCUCGUCAACUACGUCCGCGACACGACCGAAGAGAACGCCAAGCGUAGCUGGUACAUGUUCCGAGCUGUCAGCAAGUUCUACAUCCAGGACAAGCGGCAGAGGAAGGUGAGGUAUGAGAAGAAGACGGACAAGGUCGAUGGGUGGAUUUGGGAUGCUAUCAAGGAGAGGAUUGACAAGAGAGCGAACAAGGUCUAA